CAGCGGUUUCUUCUACAAAAGAUUGUUUUAAGAUGGAAACUCUAGGUGAAAUUUCGAGAAAAGACGGAUUUGAUGACAUAAGGCCAGCACAACCAAUCACCGAAGAACAAGACUACCAUAAUUAUGACCUUAUAUCUACCGAAAUUCAAGAUGAACCACGAGUCCAGGGUUAUUUAUCUUAUUUUUCUACUUUUGCUGGAGAAAAAAUUACUGAUCGCUAUGCUGGAGAAAAAAUCAAAGAACGGUCAAGAGUAGUCAAAACAUCAUGGACACCCAAGGAAGAUAUGCAGUUAGGCACAAUAGUCAAGGUGAAGAAAUCAGGAAAAGAAGUACAUGUGCAAUGGGACAAGCUUGAAGAGAAAGUUAACCAGUUAGAUCUCCGCUUACUUGACAAUGCGCCAACAGAGAAAAAAGAAAAAAGUUCAAGAGUAGUAUUGAUAUCUCGAACAACCAUAAACAACAGUACAGCAAGCGGCAUUCAUCCUGAAAGAAAAGUAAACCUUCGUUUAUUGGACAAUGCACCCAUUGACAAAAUAGAACAUGGAGCAAGAGUAGUAAAAAAAUCUUGGACACCUAAAGAAGAAAUGCCUUUAGGCACAAUAGUUAUGGUGAAGAAAGCAAGAAAAGAAGUUCAUGUCCAAUGGGACCAGAUUGAAGAAAAAGUUAACCUGCAUGAUAUACGUUUAGCGUCUGAUCUUCAUUGCACUAACAGUGAAAAAAAGGAAAGUUCAAGAGUAGUAAAAUUAUUGUCAACCGCCAACGAAGAAAAUUGUCUAGGCACCAUAGUCAAGGUCAACAAAACAAAACAAACCGCUCGUGUCCAAUGGGAUAAAAAACCAGACGAAAAAGUUAAGAUGGUUAAACUACGUUUAGUCAGCAAUUAUCUUACAGAAAAAAUAGAAAAUGGUUCUAGAGUAGUUAAAAGAUCACAGACAACAAGAGAAGAAAUACCUUUUGGUACAAUAGUCAACAUAAAUCAAUUCAAAAAUGAAGUUCAAGUUAAAUGGGACAAGCCUGAAGAAAAAGUUGACCCGCUUGACCUUCGCUUAUAUGACAAUGCGCCAUCAGGAGUGAAACAUGCCAACGUAACAUGCGAUGAAUGUUAUACGUAUCCUCUACGUGGCAUACGAUGGAAGUGUCUCCACUGCGACAGCUACGAUCUUUGCACAGUCUGUUAUAUGGUUGAUGAACACAAUGUCAAUCAUAUCUUUAGUCGCAUUCAAAGUGAGGAUUCAAAAGGAAAAGAACUUGCAGCACGGUUUGAUGUGAAACUGACUGGCUAUGCAUUUGCAUGUGGCAUAUUGGAGAAUGCAGAAGUGUCGCUUCGAAAAGAUAACAGAAAAAGAGGUGUAGUACUAGCAAUACGUGAGGAUGUAGUUGACGUACAAUGGUUGACUAAUCAUAAAAGAAGUCGACACAAUAUUUUGGAACUUCAAUGCGAGGUUGCAGAAGCACGGCAGUUUUAUCCGGACCAUCUACCGAUACUCGGAAAAGAUACUCUAGGCCAUGUUGACGUUGAUUUCAACCACAACAACAUAACAGAAAAGAUUCAGGUGAACAUACGGUAUCGGAUUGAAAAGGAACAGAAACGAUCAUAUAAACCUGUGUUGUACCUCAUUUUCGCAAAUAAUAAAGACACAGAUCACAAAAAAGACAAAUGUCUCCUAAUGGAUGAAGUCUUUGAAUAUUCAAAAAAAACUAAAUUACCAUGUCAUGUCAUCGGAAAGAAGGUACUGUUUCUGCAUGGUUCUUCGCGAGUAGUAUGUAUUCACCAUACCACCAGUAAUCAUACAAUCAAGGAAUUAGUAAAGAAAGGAUUCCGGAUUUUCGAAAGAGGGGAUACAAACACCAAAGAAACUGAAAUUAAAUACUUCAUUAGAAUGGCAGAAUAUGUGUUGGAUGAGAAAGUUCUGCCCGUAAUUAUUUCCUUACGUAAUGGAGGAUUGCAUAAAGACGUUUUAUUCAGUGCUAGCAGUUUAUUACUCCCGAUUAUUCGAUUCAAGAAAAACUGUCCAGACGCAACAAUUUUAACGCUUGCAAAUGAUGGUUCUACUGAACAAGCAACUGAACAUAUCACAAAUUUAAAGACUCCGUGGACUGUCAGAAAAUCAGAAUCCCUUAUUGUAAUAAAGAAUGCAGAAACAGCAGAAGAAAUAUCAGCUAUAAGUGAUGUGCAAAGUAACUUGGAUUUCGGAGCUUUGAUAUGUCAUGUCGUUAUUGGAGUUUUCAUGGCGAACAAACAAAACAUAUACGACACAGAUAAAGACGUGUACGCAAACAUAUUAUCGAUGUAUCUUUUGAAGAUUGAAAAAUGGAAAAUUCCGGAAGACGCCAUCAAAAUGGCAUUUGAUUAUCGAUCUAUUGAAUACAUAUAUGAAAAGGAUUUGACAACUGCAUUUGGUAAUGGAUUGCGCACUGAUUUGGAAGCUUUGUCAAGGUUAAGGGAUUUGCCAACAGAUUGGAAAGAAAAAGAUAUUGAGAAGGCAAUCACAAACUCUGAUGUCAUCGGACUAAUAUUUUUGACAUUACUGCGGAAACAGUUUUAUUCUGGGGCGACUCAGCUUGUAGACACAGGAUUUGUUCGCAUUAGUCAUAUAUUAGUCGGAUGCAAAAUUUUACAAGAUGCUAGUGACGAUAAGAAGAAUGAGCAACUACAUAGGGAGACAUCACAAAGAUUAAAACUAUAUUUUACGGAGCGUGCAACCCUAAUUACUGGAUUUAUUUACGAGGCCACUUCAAACAACGAUUUAAUUGAAAAUGAACUUGAUGAACCGGUCAAUCAUGCUGGGCGUCUUUUGGUGAACCACGGGUAUUUAGAGGAUGCGAUUAGAACACAAAACAAGCCAUUUCUUGAAAACAAAAUCGUAACCGAUAUCCUGCAUAAAAUGUGGUACGGGGAAGAGGAAUCUGUAUUCCGGCAGGUUGGCAUUUUCAUCCUGUUGGCCCUGUUACAUUUACUUGUGAUGCCAGUGUUAAUGAUCAACAUUACAGCUCCUCCUCUUAAAUGGUUCUACCGGAAAUACAAUCUUCCUUUUAUGAAAGCCUUGAUUCAAAUGCUUGGAUACUUGGCUUUGCUGAUGAUAUAUGCAUACAUGUUGCUCUUUAACUACAUACAUGAAGUAUUUUCUUGGACAGAUGGAAUAAUAGUAGGGUGGAUGAUCAGUUUUUUGCUCAAUGAAAUUAAGCAGGCAAUUGUUUCAGCUAUAAGACAUAGAUUUAAACGGUAUAUGUGUAAUGUAUGGAACCUCUUAGAUUGGACUGUCAUGCUUGUGUACGCAAUUGGAAUGUUUUUAAAAUUGGGAAAGGAUGUUACAUAUGAAGACUCGACAAAAAUAUUAUUGGUUUUAACUUUUAUUCUACUCAGCAUUCGCAUAUUAAACAUGUUUAGCAUAUCUGAAUAUCUUGGACCGAAACUUGUGAUAAUUCAGAAAAUGUUCAAGGACACAUUUGUCUUUCUUGUUAUUUUAACAGUUAUCAUGACGAGCUACAAUGUGUCAUAUCAUUCCUUGCUCUACCCAAACUCUGAACUUAGUUGGGCAGAGAUAGAGAAUGUAAUGCAGAAUGGUUAUUGGACGCUUUUUGGAGAAGUUGGGUUAAUAGACAGCGAAACACUAUCUGAUUGUACUGACGACAAAAACAUUUACACUAGUAGUAACCAUACACUGAAACGGGAUAGAUGUCCGACGCAUUUGGGAAUACACAUUUCACCAUAUUUGAAAGCCCUCUAUGGUUUGAUUGCAGUGAUUAUACUUUUGAAUUUGCUCAUAGCAAUCUACAGUGAUACAUAUAAAAAAGUGAAUGAUGAAUGCAAGUUCCAUUGGUCACAGAUUCAGACUGAUUUCCUUGAAGAGUAUAGCAUAGAGACCAUUUUCCCGAUACAUUUGAAGCUUCUUAUGGUACCUUUUGGUCUUGUCCACGUUCUCAUUUGGUUAACUAAGUAUUGCUGCUUUAAAAUAAAAGAUGGAAGGUUGAAUAAAGUUGAACAUGAAGAUCAACAUGACAAUUCAAGUUCUUAUGAUAGUGAAACAUGUGAAAGGGACAAGUUAAAAACAAAUCCAAUGUUUGUACGAGUAUUUUUGUACAACGCCGACUAUGAUCUGAAACUAAAGUCAACAGAAGAAGCGGAGAGAAUUGGAGCUGCAAGGUCAAAGGGGAAAAUUGAGAUCACAGAAGAGGAUAAAAUAACGAAACUUCAAAAUCAGAUGGACGUUAUGAACAAAGAGCUUAAGUACCAGCAUAAAAGAAGUGACGAGGUAAAAAUAAAAAAAUAA